AUGCUAGACUUGUCCGCAUACUCAACUUUAGAGAGGUUGGCUUUUGAUAAUUGUGGGAGGUUGAAGGAAAUAGACAGCUCCGUUGGGAAGUCAACGCACUUGCGUGAACUGAAUAUCACAGAUUGUGAGCUCAUUGAGCAUGUGCGUGAUGAAAUUGGAGUGCUAGCGAAGCCUGAGCGCUUCUCUUUGCGUGGGUGCUACGGUGUGAGCAUACUCCCCACCUCUAUCGGCGACUUGGCAUCAUUAAAGAAGCUGGACCUUUCAAUUACUCGAAUUGGAAGCCCACCGGAGUUCGUCGGAAAGCUACAGUGUUUGUUAGAUCUCUUCCUACAAUUCUUGGGAAUCGCUCAAAUUCCCGGUGCAAUUGAAGUGUUAGUAAAGCCGCGACAUCUUCAUCUGGCAAGCAAUGAGAUUAAACAACUUCCAGACUUCAUUGCAGAAUUAAAUUCACCAUGCCCUCUGAAUUUGUCAACUAAUGGUUUGCUUAGCUCAAAUUCCAAUCGGUGGAACUUACCCAAAGCCAUUAGACAGUUCGAGAAACUAGAGGAGCUUUAUCUUGGUCGUCGCAAGGAGUUGGAAGGCGAUAUCUCCGAUGAGGAAAUAGACAGCUCCGUUGGGAAGUCAACGCACUUGCGUGAACUGAAUAUCACGGAUUGUGAGCUCAUUGAGCAUGUGCGUGAUGAAAUUGGAGUGCUAGUGAAGCUUGAGCGCUUCUCUUUGCGUGGGUGCUACGGUGUGAGCAUACUCCCCACCUCUAUCGGCGACUUCGCAUCAUUAAAGAAGCUGGAUCUUUCAAUUACUCGAAUUGGAAGCCUACCGGAGUCCGUCGGAAAGCUACAGUGUUUGUUAGAUCUCUUCCUACAAUUCUCGGGAAUCGCUGAAAUUCCCGGUGCAAGUGAAGUCUCAAAUUCCGGUCGGUGGAACUUACCCAAAGCCAUUGGACGGUUGGAGAAAGUAGAGGAGCUUUAUCUUGGUCGUCGCAAGGAGUUGGGAGGCGAUAUCUCCGAUGAGUCAACUUUAGAGAGGUUGGCUUUUGAUAAUUGUGGGAGGUUGAAGGAAAUAGACAGCUACGUUGGGAAGUCAACGCACUUGCGUGAACUGAAUAUCACCGAUUGUGAGCUCAUUGAGCAUGUGCGUGAUGAAAUUGGAGUGCUAGCGAAGCCCUCGAGCGCUUCUCUUUGCGUGGGUGCUACGGUGUGA